CCCAUAACUACAAGCAACCAUGGCAGGCUAUGGAAACCGCACAGCACCAGACUACACCGCAGAAGACCUCCAAGACCAACACAGCACCACGCGUCUCGGUCUCGUAGACUCUCACACCCCGUACCACAACCCCCACGAAAAACACGGUUCGGGUAUAACAGGCGGCGCAGGAUUCGGAAACAAACGCUCCUCAUCCACCCCCGACACUGACACUUCUGAAUUUCGCUUUGGCAGCCACUCAGACACAGCGCCGUACUCGCACGGGACAGCCAUGGGCAGCGGGUCGACGGGCGGCGCGGGGUAUGGGAAUAAGACGGGGGAGAUGAGCGGACCGGAGCCGGAUUCUCUCUUAGGGAAAGUGGUGGAGAAGGUGGGUGGGUUGGUCAAAAAUGAUAAGGUGGAGGCGAAGGGGAGAGGAAUGAGGGAGAAGGAGGGGUUUGGGAGGGUGGUUGAGUGAAUUGACUUGGUAACGUAUUGCAACUGCGGAUGCUUCCGAGCGAAGCUUCGAGCCUUCAUGCACCGGAACAGAAGCUUCCAAGGUUUUGUUUGAUCGCUAAUCGCUUCUUUAUUCAUACUAUAUUACUAUUCCAAGUACAUGAGUGAAACAAAAGGAGUGUAGACAUCGCUGACCAAAGCAAACCCCCCUGAACCGAAUCCAUGAUAAACCU